GUCCGAAUUUGUGUUGGCUUUUGCAAAACUAAAAGAAUUUUCUGGUGGUUUGUUUAUUUCAUCUUUUCUGCAUUUUCCCGGAAAAUCUCUUUGCCCAAAAGUAUUUCAGUGUUGAGGAUGGAAGCAUAAGUCUGGAAUCGGUGUGAUUUGCUGCUUGGAAAAUGUCUUCGAGGAAGAAGUCCACAACAAGUACUGAGUCCUCUGGAUCUAGUUCAGAGUCCUCCACAACAAGUGAGGGCAGUUCCAGUGGUUCCGAUUCAGGUUCAACAAGUUCCGAUGAUUCCGACACAUCCAGCUCCCAGCGGAGUAGGGCUUCUGAGUCCGGCUCAGCACAGCCGCCAGAGCCCCCAAAGAAUGAGACAAAGGGGAGCCAGGCAACAAAAGUAGCGCCCCGUCGACGAAGUUCUGAGGUUAUUAAGGCACAGCAUCAGAGCAAGUCGGAGGAAAAGCCUCCUGCAAAUCGUUCAAGGGAUCGCCUGGUGUCUGCCAGUGCUACAAAGGUGAUGCAGCAGAAGGUGGCAAAGAAUGCUAUGUACUCAAGUGAUGACGAUGCUUCACCGCCGAAAAUUCCGCCUCCGGGAAAGAAAGCCGGAGGGCAAGAUGCGAGCAAGAAGAGACCUCUGCCGCAGUCAAAUCGCCCUAAAAAUGUUCCAAGCAGCGUUUCCGGAGCUGUUCCACCUAGUACUGGUGGGAAAGCACCUCCGUCUGUCCUGAAGCAGCAUCAGCAGUCAAUGGGAACCCUCUCGAAGGUUGUAACUGGGAGUAAAUCCAUCGUUGGAGGUGUCAAAUCUACCGCACAAGCACCCAAAACUGCACCUGAGAAGCACACAGGGCAGUCGUCAAAGGUCAAGAAGAAGAGUAUCUUCUCUCCGGAUAAUUCAUCAGACAGUGAAGAUGCUGCGGCGGGAAAGAAUUCCCGCCAACCUGCAAAGAGCAAACAAGUUGCAAAGCCAGCACCGCAGAAGGUUGGCAAAGCUCCAAUAACUCCGGCAAAAACCACCCGGAAGAUGUCGAGUAAGAGUUCAGCUGAAUCAUCGGCAACGAGCACCACCACAACGGAUGAUUCGAGUGAAAGUGACAGCGAGACGGCCAGCAGUGAGGAUUCCAGUCCACCAGCGAAGAAAAUGGCUGUGAAGAAGACGGCACCGAAGGGUACAGGGAGUGUCAAGCCUCCCGAGGAGCCUGGGAAGAAUCACGUGAAUACGGAUUCAGAGCCAGAACCCACGAGUAAGCCCACAGUGGCCAGGAAGCUGACAAGAUCUUCGAGUACGCGGAAAUCGAAGCAUCUCACGGGGAAGGCUCCAUCAGACACAGAUUCUGAGGUGGAUGAGACAAAGAGGCAGUCAUCGAAGAGCCCCGUGAAGAAGGCUCCUGUUGUGUCGAGCAAGGGAAAAGCAAAGAACACCACAAAGCGUCAGGAUACGGCCAAAGUGAACAGCAACACAACUCCACCGGCACAAAUUGAACGGAAGUGUCCCUUUGAGGGAUGUGACUCUUCCGGACACCUCGGGGGACAGUAUGAGAAGCAUUUUACAAUUGAGGCAUGUCCACUGUAUCACAAUAUGACCCCUGCGGAAGCUAAACUUGCCUUCGUGGAGAGGAGGAAGCGCGAUGAGGAGCGCCGGAAGGCAAUGGCAGCGUAUGAUCCCACCAAGAAAGUCCCAACAGCUGAGCAAAAGGCUUACCUGCAGAAGAUCCGGGAGAGCAGGGCUAAGCAUAAGAGUGUACCCAUGGGAAAUUCUCAUCCACCUCUUGGGGACAAGAAGAAGGAACCGAAUCUCACAGGAAUCGUCUCAGAUUACGAUCUCCAGCUCUUCCGCGAUGCUCAAGCGCUUGCAGCUGAAAAUAUUGAGAAUGAACUGAAAGCCCUGCCAGCCAGCAAAGGUACCAAGUACAUAUCCAUGGGCAAGUACAAGAUGGACGUGUGGUACCAAUCAAAGUAUCCCGAAGAUGCUGCAAGACUGCCCAAACUCUAUCUCUGCGAAUUUUGUUUGCGCUACCAAAAAUCCGAAGUUGGCAUGAAGAGACACGCCGCUAAAUGCGUCUGGAGGCAUCCACCUGGCGAUGAAAUCUACCGCAAAGGGAAGCUGGGUGUGUGGCAAGUGGAUGGGCGGAAGAAUAAAAUCUAUGCACAGAAUCUGUGUCUCCUGGCAAAAUUUUUCUUGGAUUACAAAACUCUCUACUACGAUGUUGAACCUUUCCUUUUCUACGUCAUGACUCUUGCUGACUCUGAAGGAUGUCACACCGUUGGAUAUUUUAGUAAGGAGAAAAAUUCAUUUCUCAACUACAAUGUUUCUUGCAUUUUAACCCUUCCACCGUAUCAGAGGAAAGGCUAUGGACGGCUUCUUAUUGAUUUCAGUUACCUGCUGACGAGAAUUGAGGGCAAAAUUGGAUCACCUGAGAAACCACUAUCGGACCUGGGCUUAAUUUCCUAUCGAUCGUACUGGAAGGAUGUUCUUCUUGAUUAUUUAUGUUCACGCAGUGGCACCCAGUUGAGCAUCAAAGACGUUUCACAGGAAAUGGCUAUCAAUUCAUAUGACAUCGUGAGUACACUCCAGGCUCUCGGUAUGAUGAAAUACUGGAAGGGAAAGCACAUUAUUCUCAAGAAGCAGGAUGUCCUGGAUGAUUAUGCGGAACGCGUGAAGGGACGUGGGAAUGUAUUAAAAAUCGAUCCAGAGUGUCUUCGGUGGACACCAUUUGUGUCACCAACACUCACCGGACCGACAUCCUAGCGUUCAGCCACAACUGCAAAUUCAGCCGCAAAUGCAUCCACCCACUCGGCAACAUCGGUAAUUGCAUCGUCCACAGCCAAUUCUUUCUCACUCUACUACUACUACUCCACAAAUGGUGGACGUCUACCACCCACUGAGAAUUGUAAAUCUUCCACCAAGUAGGGAUAGGAUGUCGGCUAUGCAAUCAGAUAGACGUGAAAUUGGUCACCAUUCUGAGGCUCAGGAUGGCUCACAUUAUAUGGAAUCGAUGGAGCUGGCGCUUAGGUAUGAAUAACAAUUGAUACAGGCCCCUGUCCCCUCUCCCCAUCGGAGAUUCUUGGCGCUUUUACGAUGAAAUUCGCGUAGCUUCACAUAUUUCUUCUCGUUUUCUGAGAUAAUUUCUAUAUAGCACUGUGUAAGAUUUCUUUUUUUUUUCGUAUUUUAAAAUAUGACCAGAAUGUUUUAUCUGCAUGUUGUGCAUAAAAGUUCAAAGUGUAAUCGUGCUAGAGUAAUAUUAUUAUACUCCAUAAUAAUCCAUAUUAUAUAGGGUAUAUAUGUUUGUAGGUGGGUUACCUAAUGAGUAUAUGUGGUAGAGCAGUGGACAAAUGUAUUAGUACUCAGCAUAGAUUCCCUCGGCACAAACUCCCUUAGCUCACCUUUGUAUGGGAAUACAGAAGAAAAGAAUAAGAAUCUUCACCCUCAAUGAAUAGCUCCAGGUAACGUCUCACCUGUAUAAAGAUACAUUGAUUAGGGUCCGGUGAGGGAGGAGCAAAAAAAAUUUCCCAGUCGCCAGAUGAGCACGGAAAAUCCCCAGAAGAUCGCACGUUGCCACACGUGGGGGGAAGAAAAGUAGCCGCAACUCCUUGUAGGAUCCUCCUGGAUCCUUGAUCCCAAUUUCCAGUGAAACACAGCACUUUUUGUCACCACCACCAACUUUAUUUGAAUCACAGAGUUAAUUUUAUUUAAUAAUUCUACAAUUUUUCUUUAACAAAUUUGGAGCUCUUUUCACACAAUCAGCUCGGGAAGGGUAACAGUAAAGAGAUCACCUCUUGGGUGCGAGAGAGAAAAAUGUGUGAACAUUAUGCGGCUCCGCCGCGGAGGUUGCAAUGAUAUUCAAAUGCAACGGUUGGUAUAACAAUUCAUUUUGGGGAUUACAAUUCAAUAUUUCAUGAAAUUUAUAAUGGGGGAAAAUUAUUUCAGAAAUUUAAAGGGAAAAUAUCAUUGGGAUUUUCAUGUGCUCACUGGCACGGGAACAAUGUUAUUAAAUUUAUGUAGACGAAAAACAGAUUAAAGGAAAUAAAAUUAAUUAAUU